CGUUGUUAUUGUCUGUAGGAUGAUUGGAGCUAACGCCAUUGAUUAUAGCUGUGUUUGACAUCAAUAACAGAGGGAACAACGGGAUAAUUAAUCACCUGAGAAUAAAGACAAACAGGUGAUUUAAGGACUUCGACGACAAACAUCUCCAUUUCUUCGCAACUGCUUUUCCGCUAGCUAACGUUACCAGUAAACAAUAUGGGCCGCAUCUUCUUGGAUCACAUCGGUGGGACUCGCCUCUUCUCUUGUGCCAACUGUGACACGAUUCUGACCAACCGAACUGAACUCAUCUCCACACGCUUCACUGGAGCCACUGGACGAGCUUUCCUUUUCAACAAGGUUGUGAAUCUGCAGCACAGCGAGGUGCAAGACAGAGUCAUGCUGACUGGGAGACACAUGGUGCGGGACGUCAGCUGCAAGAACUGCAAUAGCAAGCUGGGCUGGAUGUACGAGUAUGCCACUGAGGAAAGCCAGCGCUACAAGGAGGGCCGAAUCAUCUUGGAGAGGGCGCUGGUGAGGGAGAGCGAGGGGUUCGAGCAUGUUCCCUCUGAUAACUGUUGAGUUCUCCUUUGUCACAGUUACAAUGCUCCAUUUAAAGCUUUUCCUCCAGCAUCAGUGCAUGGACCGUGUGCCAUUUGUGGUAGAGCUAAACCAAAAAUAAUAUCACAAGCUGUGGUCUUUGUGGGAGUUAAAACAAAAAGUGGUGGAUGGUUUCCCCUCAUUUAUAACAUCUAAGAAUCUCUCCUCUGAUGGGUAAUACCAUUGAUUCUCAUUUUAAAUCACCUGCAGUUUCAAUGUGUUCCCAGCUGGCUGUGAUGUUCGGAAAAUGUGUUGUGGUGCUUUCAGAGAGAGGAUUCACUCCUGCUGCCCUGCAAGAAGUUCAGACAGAUGGAUAGAUUGUUAUGUGGAGGUCUGAAUAGCCAUUAAAGGAAUUGGUGAAUUCUCACAAUAAGAUUUAGUUACUAAGCAGGAUUCCUGCAACAUAUUUGUUUCCUGGGCAGUGUUGCAUAAUGCCAGACAUUACUUAUUUCAAGUAUGAAGUUACUCUUCUUUAAUAUCAGCUGUAUCAGAUUAUCCCCUAAGAACAUCGAUCACCAUUUUGAUUAUAUUAUAUUGCUGUUAACCAGGUUUGACCUAUAAAGAGUACAGAUGUAUCCAGGAUAAGAUAAAUAAAGUUGAACUUGUUUUGCAUUUUAUGAACCUUUCUGCAAACCUACAUUUUUUUUUUAUAUUCCCUGUGCUGUUAUUCAAAUAUUUAAAUUGAUUUGUGGCAUCUGUCAAGUUACUUGAAUGAAACUAAAGGUGAACGUGUUUUGUGAAAAAUAAAUAAAACACCCAAACCAGA